UUAUUAUCUGUUGCGAGCGUUAUGUAUUGAGAGAAUUUUCCGGACUUUUUACUGUUUCUCGAAGUAAUUCGGUUUUCCUGUCCAGACAAAAGAAACUUAAUCAUCUGAUUGCAAGCGAAAAUCGUGAAAUAAACUCAAAAUGGUCGACUACAGCAAAUGGAAGGAUAUAGAAAUAUCGGAUGACGAAGACGAGACCCACCCUAACAUUGAUACACCCUCACUGUUUCGAUGGCGGCACCAAGCAAGAAUCGAGCGCAUGGAAGAGAGACGCAAGGAAAGAGAAGAACAUAUUCAAAAAAAGACCGAAAACUUACGGAUGCUAAACGAAACAAAAAAGAAAAUCAGUGAAGCUAGUCCUGACAGUCCCGAUCUUGAAUCUUUAAAGAAGGCUUUAGCUGAUCUUGAAAAAGAAGAGAAGAGGUUACAACAAAAAGAAGAUGAACUCAAGAAGAAAGAACGUCAGACUCCGUGGAACGUGGACACAAUCAGUGAACCUGGGUUCACUAAAACUGUCAUCAACACUAAGCCUGCCAGGCCCAAGGAUGAAAACUUGACUGAGGAAGAAAAGGAAGCUAAGAUGAACAAGUUUAUCAAAGAAAAUGAGAAACUCUUAAAACAAUUCGGUAUGUUGCGGCGCUACGACGACUCCCGACAGUUCCUGCAGGACCAUAACCAGCUAGUGUGUGAGGAGACUGCCAACUAUCUGGUCAUCUGGUGCAUUAACUUAGAAAUGGAAGAGAAACAUGACUUGAUGGCCCAUGUUGCUCACCAAACCAUCUGCAUGCAGUACAUAUUGGAGUUGUCAAAACAAUUGGAUGUGGACCCCAGGGCUUGUGUCAGCUCAUUCUUCUCCAAGAUCCAAAUAGCUGAGAAGACAUACAAAGACUCUUUUGACGAUGAAUUGGAGCAGUUUAAAGCAAGGAUCAAGAAGCGUGCUGCUGAGAAGAUAAGCGAAGCCAUCAGAGAGCAGGAGGAAGAGGAACGCAAGGCUAGGCUGGGACCUGGAGGACUAGAUCCUGUUGAAGUAUACGAGGAGCUACCUGACGAAUUAAAGAAAUGUUUUGAUGCCCAAGACGUGCCAUUGCUCCAAGCAACAAUUGCCAAAAUGCCCGAGCAAGAAGCCAUAUACUACAUGAAGAGAUGUGUGGAUUCUGGACUGUGGGUUCCUGGCAAGACUAAUGAUGAUGAACCAACCAUGAAAGAAAAUUCUCCAAGUUCUUCACAAGCUGCUGCUGAAGCUCCCACAACUUCAGUCAGCACAGAUGAUGUGGACUGAGACAUAAUCAAAGCCAGUUUGUUUCAAGUCUGCAGUCCACAAGUGCUAAAUCCACAAUUUAGGCAAUUUCAUGCUAUAUGGACAUAAGUUAGAAUAAGGUUAUGUUAUAUACUAUUAAUUUUGUAUCUUCACAAAAGUGAUUCAGUGGAAUGCAUAAUACUUGUGUUGGUAUCUCCAAGCAUGAAAUAUGUUGAAUGCCUGCUAGUAUCGUCAAGCAAUAAUUGUGAAAUCCCUGUGCUCUUCAUAUAAUGAUAUUUUGUCAUUUGAUAAGUAUUUUAACAUUUUCACCCCAUGAGAUUUUUCAAUACAUGCUAUAUAUCUAAAAGUUGUGUAUUUUCUU